UAUCCCAUCAAAAUUCAUCAUCAUCAUUGAACAACAAUGGCAAAAAAUGAUGAAGUAAUAAUGCUGGAUUUCUGGCUAAGCCCAUAUGCGAGGAGGGUCCAAAUAGCACUAGAGGAAAAGGGCAUCAAGUAUGAGAUCAAAGAAGAGGACUUGCCUAAUAAUAAGAGCACCUUACUCCUGCAAUUGAAUCCUGUUUAUAAGAAAGUUCCAGUUCUUAUUCACAAUGGAAAACCCAUUUGUGAGUCACUUGUUGUUCUUGAGUACAUUGAUGAGGUUUGGAAUCAUAAGUCUCCUUCGUUGCUUCCUUCUGAUCCUUAUCACAGAGCUCAAGCUAGAUUCUGGGCUGAUUAUGUCGACAAGAAGAUAUACGACAAUGCUAUGAAGUUUUUCAAAACAGAAGGAGAAGAGAAAGAAGAUGGAAAGAAAGGGUUGAUCGAGGGUCUGAAAGUAAUGGAAGAACAAGUUGGAGGAGACAGGACAUAUUUUGGUGGAGACAACAUUGGACUUGUGGAUGUGAUACUUGUCCCAUUGUUCAGUUGGUUCUACGUCUACAAAUUCACUAACAACUUGAAUUUUGUGAGCCAAGAAAGCUUCCCUAACCUCUUUGCUUGGGCCAAGAAGUGCACUGAGAGAGACAGUGUGUCCAAGUGUAUUCCUAAGGAACAAAAGGUCUUUGAGCAUUUUCAGCAGAGGAAUCUCUUGAAUUCUGAUCAGUGAAAUUCAUGUAUGCCAUGCUUCUUUGUUGUGUGUUUUUUUUUGAAUAAUGGCAUAUAUGGCACUUUGGUGUGCUAUGCUAUUUGUUUGCUGCUUAUUUGUGGCCUUUUAGUUAGUUUGUGUUUGAAACAAGAAUAAAUUAUCAUUUUUACCCAUGAAAAUUUUAAAGGCUGACAAAUCUAUUCACGAACAAAG